UUGAGUACUACCCCUGCUUUACAUUAACACACUUGGUGCAUUCUCCAUGGAUGCGUGUAAAAUGAAAAUACUUUACCCUUAAAACGCAAAUUAACAACCUAAAUGUGUGCAGAAGUAUCGCUGCUUAUAUUUACGAUUGUUUUCCUCAACCAAGCAAAGUGUUUGUAACGUAAUAGUAGGGAUUUACACGUGGAUAAAUUGUCAUUGUUUAACCUGUCAAUUAAUUGCGACAUAUUAGCGAUUCAAACUUUAAUUAUAUGCGUUAUAAUAGUAUUUUACCCUGUAGGAUCUCGAAAACAGGCAUAUGCCUAAAAUGUGGCAGUUCUGGCAGUACGUAUAUUAAAUUAGCCAUUUGUUUUUUAUGGUUGGUUUGUCCAUGUUUUAGCUAAACACACAUUAAAAGCUUAUUACAAAAUCAUCUCGAAAAAUUUACUUUAAUUUAAUGUAACAACUUUUACUCCCUAGAAUUUAGUUUCCCAAGUUGACAAGUUAUGUGAUUUAUCUCCACAGACUAAUGCAGUGACGCAGAGCAACGGAAAACCCGGUUAUCAUGGAGAUUGGUACACUAAUCGUCCCUUUAGAGCUCCAUGUGGCCCGAGUCAAAAUUUUUCUUGCUGGUUAUAUAAAGCCCUUCAAGGGUAGUGGUGGAAACUAGCAUAUUCUUUUGUUCUUGCAGGCUAAAUGUUUCACCAUUUUGCUUCUUGCGCAAAGAAACUUUGUACUGCCAGUCUUUAAAAAAAGAAUUAAAGUCUUGCUCCAACCAUUUAAGCCUUUCGUCGUUGAUUUGUGUGAAAGAAUCCAAAGGGUGUGGGGCAGAAUGCUGAAGUGCCUCAUUUGACUGGAUUCCUGACAGCAAUCUGAACAUGCUUCUAUUUGCAUUACAUCCAUCCCCUAAACAAAAAUAUAGAAGAAAUGUACAGUUAAAGCAAUUCAAACAACCCCAGCCCAACCCCAACAAACCCAACUCCAACACCAGCAAUCCCAAACCAACACAAAAGAACAAGAAAAUGGAUUCCCAACAAAUAUGGAAUAAAGGACCUCCAAAGCGAGCAGCAGGCGUAGGUUCUGCUCCAGGGCCUCUGCCAACCGCUGCCCCAGAGUCUCUGCUGCCAGCCGCUCCAGGGCCUGUGCCACCCGCUGCCCGCCGCUCCAGGGCCUCUGCUGCCCGCUGCCCCAGAGCCUCUGCUGCCCGCUGCCCCAGAGCCUCUGCUGCCCGCUGCCCCAGAGCCUCUGCUGCCCGCCGCUUUCUGCUUUCGCUACUGCACGUAAGCCAGAUAAAACUGCCUUUUUUCUGUCUCCAACACCAUUAUCUGUUUUUUUGACCCAUCUUUCCCACGCCUGUUCUCGAUGGAAGUCACAUAGAAGAACUUUGCAAUCUGGUGUAAAAUUUCUUCAGCAUUAUAACCUUAUAAGUUCAAAAAACAAAUAUUGAUUAACAUUAGUUUAUUAGAUAUUUUCUAGGAUGAAAACU